UGAAACGAAAUCGAGUCAUUCAUUUCCAAAAUGGCGUGCGUUUAGGUUGUGCGUUACUGUUAUUUUAGUUUUAGUUUUUAUUUUAUAAAAUUUAUAAACUGUUGACUUUUUAAAGUAAAAAUGGGCCGGUCGCCCAGUCCUCGGCGUCGGGAUCGGGACCGUGAAGACAGAAGAGAUCGCCGCGACCGUGAUAGACGACGCCAAAGAACUCGGUCACGGUCACGAUCACUUGAAAGACGCAGGCGUUCCCCAGAUCGGCGGCGGUCCCCAUCGCCCAGAAGACGGCGAUCGCGUUCACUUUCGCCGACGCCAGCGACGUCAUUCGUACACAAACCUAAAAAGACCUUCAGCGAACGGCCGAUAGUUACCCCCGCUGAUUUGGAGGGAAAGUCACCUGAAGAGCAAGAGAUGCUAAAAGUUAUGGGAUUCUGCGGGUUCGAUACAACUAAAGGUAAGAAAAUUGACGGAAAUGUGGAAGGCGAUGUUCACGUUGUUUUAAAACGUAAAUACAGACAAUACAUGAAUAGAAAAGGUGGUUUUAAUCGCCCGUUGGAUUUUGUCGCGUAACGGUAACACACAAUCUUUCAUCCUGUUGGGGCUGCCAUGUGAUAUUAGUCUGUCCUUAUUUCUAGUUUUACCAGUUUAAAAUCUCGAUCUUCCCCUAUCUACUGCGGCUUACAAUACCCAUUGUAUAGCUACGAACAGUAUUUAUCCAUUUUCAAUGCAUUCAUGCAGUAUAAACAGGAAAUAUUACUGGUUAUGUGAGGCUUAAGAUUUAAGAUACAAUAAGUCUAAAAAAUAUCACUACAGAGCUUAUAAUAUUGUGUUUUCAAACUUAAUAAUUUCCUGAUAUAUAGAUUUUUGUCUUUAGUCUAACUAAAAAUUUUUCAAAAGAAUUAUUGGAUAUUACGUAUUUUGCAAAUAGCAGUUUUAAUUUUUUUUUUAUUAUAAUACUUCAGCAUAGGUACCCAGAGUAAAACUAGAAGUGAGAGACAAUCUAUUAGCAACUUAGUUUUUUAAGUGUUAUGCAAGUUUUCCAUUUUGUAUUGACUUUCAGUUACAAUUUGAUAAAGUGCCAUGCAUUGUCUAAUAUCUUACCAUUUGAAUGAAACAAUAUAAAAAAUAUGUGUCUGGAAAUAUUUGAUAAAAGAGAACCUUAAGACUAAUGCUAUGGUAUAUUUUAUAUGUAACUUAAAUGUCUGCUACAAAACUUCAUACUUCCAUUAUGGUCUUGUACCUAAAAAAAAUAAAAAUGUACUAUUUACAAUUUUUCAACUACAUGGUGAUCUGGGUUUUUCAGUUAUAUGGUCUGAUUAAUGUGUUCAUAUCAUGAUCAUGUUAAGUCUGAAGUUUUGUAGCCUUUUAGUGUAUAAGUUAGUUAAGUCCGUUAUUGCCGUGCCCGUGCGUUGCCGAGGCCCGCACGGUGUCCAGUCCAGCGCUCUGCGCACCAAGAAGCAUGCUGAAGUCUGUCUGGGGUUGACUUUAUGUGUUCAAAGAAGUAUUCAGCGCAUAUUACUUAUUUUACAAAAUUUUUGCUAUAAAAUGGACCAUCCGAGAGAUGGUUUACCUUGUCCUUGUUCUCUAAGUUCUCUCUCUCUCUAACAUUUAAAUAUUAAAUUUGUAUGAGAAAAUUGAAAUGAUAUUUUUUAGAUUAAAAAUUAUUUCAUUUACAAACUGCAAGUACCUUGAGUGAAUUGAGUAACAUAUUUUAAAGUAUUUUUAAUAUAUAAAUAAUAACACAAUUUCAUGAAAUUUUUGAACUAAAGAUUAUUUUCAAAAUAUUUGCCUUAUAUAAUUUACUUUAGUCAUUUUAUAUGUCUGUCACUUCUAUGGACACAGUUAUAAGACUGAAGCCAAAAGUGCCUUAGUUAUAAGUUACCCGCACUCUGUCCCACACAUAGCAAUAGAAGAUAUAUUUAUACACAUAUACACACUUUUCCCUAUACCCCCACUCCUCCAUAAACUACAAUAGUUAAGGGUUCAUAGGCCAUAUUUUUGUGUUCUUUGCACAUCUGAUGUUUAGAAGUUGCUCCUCCAUAGUUCUCAUUAUUAUAACAUAGGACAAACUUUCUCGACACUUAUAUUUUCUUGUUUAAGUUGUUACUGUAGAAAAUUACCGCCAUGGGACCGUACUUCCAUCACUUGUUUUAUUUUUAUUACAUUUGUUGUUCAAUCAAAAGAAAUUUAUUUUUAUCCAUCUUAAAAAAAGAGAUAUUUGAUAUUUCUAUGGUUGAUUUUAAGACUCCUUUCAUACUUUUUCAAAAAUGAAAGUCACUUCUAUUCAUACAUAUGUUCAAACAACAGAGAAGUAUGUCAUAUGAACCUCCAUAGCCCAUAUACAAAUGUUAUAGUAAUAUAUUGUGAUAAUAUUUUAUACAAGCACAGGCAGGGUGCGGGGGGCACAAGGCAAAUGUCACCCCACACAGACUUGGGUGUGUUUGUCACAAGACCAACACCAAUCGAAUGAAUCAUGUGUUUGAUGUGUGAAUCAAGGCUUUUAUACUCGUAUUUCAAAUAUGAAAAUAAAGUUAUCAUACCAAAAUAAAUAAAACACAAUUAUCAUCUGUCUGUAUUUGAAAUAGUGUUAUAUAAAAUCAUUAUAUUGGCAGAUCUGGUUCAGUUUUCGGUAAUUGAAGUAAUGUUAAAGAACGAAUUGUCUUCUUGAUUAGAGUAUAAUUUUAUUGUCUAUUUGAAUAAAUGUAAAUAUGUACCAUCUGUUCCAAUUGUAACUGAACCAGGCAUCACUGUAAUAAACACACUCAAACACAAUCAUUACAAAAUUAUAUCCAAAUUGCUAAAUUUCUGUACACAUUCAGUUGGAUGGAAUGUAAGAAUUUGGCAAUUUUCUGUUUCUUGACAAGGACAGGUGCAGUGUUUCAUAUGUGUUUUGAGUUUAAAAAAGAAAUCUAAUGCACCUGUCUUUGAAACAAUUUUUAUUUUAGACUUAUAUCCAGGUUUAAAUUAUAUUGAUAUUUGCCAAACAUAUUUUGUUAAAAUAUUCUUUUCAAAGUGAUUAUAAACAGAACUUUUGGACCAGAAACUGAAUUCAGAUAUAUAUUAAAAAGUUAAAAUUCAGUUACAGUGAAUGAAAUUUAGUAAUGUGGAAUUAUUAGCUCAUAAAUUGUUAUCCUAUUAAAAAAUUAUGAUCAGAUUUUGAUAAACAAAAUAUAUAUUAUUUGAUAAUUAUAAUGAAUAAUAUUUUUAGUUGUUUUUUAAUAAAAUUUUGUGUUUAAAUAUUAAUAUUGUAUAGUUGUAAACUAUAAAUAAAUCAAAGCUCAAGAUAUUUUUUUCUUAAUAAACUUGUAGUAUAGAAACAUAUUUGCACCAUAAUAAUAUAAUUUCAUUCACUGUACCAACCAAAAUUCAGAGGCCAAAUCCUUCAGGCACAUUACUAUGUGUUUGGCACUUUGAAGAGUAAUAAUAUUUGAUGAGGUCAACUUGAGAAAAUAUGUGUAAAUGUUACUUAAUUUUUUUUUAAUUUCCUGGAAUUGUAACAUAAUUUUUCGGGAUAUAACAAAGAUUCAUUCACAUUUGUAAAUACCACAAGUUGAAUGAGUAAAAAAUAAUUAAAUCUUGUACAUUUUUUGGUUGUAAGUGUAAAUUUUUACUGUACUUUGGAUUUACGUUCAAACAUUUAUUUUUAUUGUAGAUUAUUGUCUAAAUUCACUUAUUUAUAUGUGAUAGAUUGUAUAAUUUUUAAAAUCCAUGUGAUGUUAAUAAUUUUGUUUGACUUAUUUCAAUUAUUUAGAUAUGAUAUACUACAGAACAAAUAAGGGUUAAGUGCCAGCAGUUGUUUCAAGACCUCUGUCGCAAAACUUUGUUUGAUUUGUCAUAUUUAGUUUUGUUGAUAAUUUGAUUAUACAAGCCAAGAAGUUAUUAAAAAGGACAUAAGAAGCGAAAUUUUUUCACCUCCAAAAUAUAUAUAAUUUCCAGAUCGUUAAUUAAUUCAUGUCAAACCUUGCCUGCUUGCUAGUUCGGACUACAUACUUUAUUUGUUCUGCGUAAAUAAAAUAGUCCGCUAUGGUAAAAAUAAAUGUUUUUUUUACAUAAAAGUUAUAUUUAGGUUACUAUUUGAUCACAUGUUUUGGUGACUUUAUUUAAAAAAAUCUGUUUGUUUUUGUAUUAGUUUAGGCGUACAUAUUUUCUUUGGUAUACAACUUUUAAAUUUUUUUUUUAUUUAUUUAAAAUUUUAAGUUAAUCAACUCGAACUGAUAUAUUACUAUUUUAUUGAAGACAUAAGAUUUUUAAUAAUUUAAAAAAAAAAUUAAACAAAGGGGCCCUUAGUCCAGAAAGAGUCUCAGUACAUCCAACAUCAACAAUCAAGGUUGUGAACAGUUACACCCUGGUGAAAAUUCUUAUUCAUGCAAUAUUGUGGUAAGAGUUUCUACUAAUCUAAGAUUUAAAGAAACAAUAGAAUACAAACUUGUGAAAAACAUUAUCAAUGGAAACAUUGUUGUAACAGAUUCAACCAAUCUAGUGAUUUGAAGAGACAUAAUAGAAUACAUACUGGUGAAAAACAUUAUCAAUGGAAAUGUUGUGGUAAGAGAAUAACAAAACUAACCGAAUUGAAGAGACAUAGUAGAAUACAUACAGGUGAAAAACAUUAUCAAUGGAAACAUUGUUGUAACAGAUUGAACCAAUCUAGUGAUUUGAAGAGACAUAGUAGAAUACAUACUGGUGAAAAACAUUAUCUAUGGAAACAUUGUUGUAACAGAUCAACCAAUCUAGUGAUUUGAAGAGACAUAGUAGAAUACAUACUGGUGAAAAAAUAUAAAUGAAAAUGUUGUGGUAAAAGAUUCAACCAAUCUACUGAUUUGAAGAGACAUAGUAGAAUACAUACUGGUGAAAAACAUUAUCAAUGGAAAUGUUGUGGUAAAAGAUUCAACCAAUCUAGUGAUUUGAAGAGACAUAGUAGAAUACAUACUGGUGAAAAAAUAUAAAAGAAAAUGUUGUGGUAAAAGAUUCAACCAAUCUACUGAUUUGAAGAGACAUAGUAGAAUACAUACUGGUGAAAAACAUUAUCAAUGGAAAUGUUGUGGUAAAAGAUUCAACCAAUCUAGUGAUUUGAAGAGACAUAGUAGAAUACAUACUGGUGAAAAAAUAUAAAAGAAAAUGUUGUGGUAAAAGAUUCAACCAAUCUACUGAUUUGAAGAGACAUAAUAGAUUACAUACUGGUGAAAAAAUAUAAAAGAAAAUGUUGUGGUAAAAGAUUCAACCAAUCUACUGAUUUGAAGAGACAUAAUAGAUUACAUACUGGUGAAAAAAUAUAAAUGAAAAUGUUGUGGUAAAAGAUUCAACCAAUCUAGUGAUUUGAAGAGACAUAGUAGAAUACAUACUGGUGAAAAAAUAUAAAAGAAAAUGUUGUGGUAAAAGAUUCAACCAAUCUACUGAUUUGAAGAGACAUAAUAGAUUACAUACUGGUGAAAAAAUAUAAAUGAAAAUGUUGUGGUAAAAGAUUCAACCAAUCUACUGAUUUGAAGAGACAUAAUAGAUUACAUACUGGUGAAAAAAUAUAAAUGAAAAUGUUGUGGUAAAAGAUUCAACCAAUCUACUGAUUUGAAGAGACAUAAUAGAUUACAUACUGGUGAAAAAAUAUAAAUGAAAAUGUUGUGGUAAAAGAUUCAACCAAUCUACUGAUUUGAAGAGACAUAAUAGAUUACAUACUGGUGAAAAAAUAUAAAUGAAAAUGUUGUGGUAAAAGAUUCAACCAAUCUACUGAUUUGAAGAGACAUAAUAGAUUACAUACUGGUGAAAAAAUAUAAAUGAAAAUGUUGUGGUAAAAGAUUCAACCAAUCUACUGAUUUGAAGAGACAUAAUAGAUUACAUACUGGUGAAAAAAUAUAAAAGAAAAUGUUGUGGUAAAAGAUUCAACCAAUCUACUGAUUUGAAGAGACAUAAUAGAUUACAUACUGGUGAAAAAAUAUAAAUGAAAAUGUUGUGGUAAAAGAUUCAACCAAUCUACUGAUUUGAAGAGACAUAAUAGAUUACAUACUGGUGAAAAAAUAUAAAUGAAAAUGUUGUGGUAAAAGAUUCAACCAAUCUACUGAUUUGAAGAGACAUAAUAGAUUACAUACUGGUGAAAAAAUAUAAAUGAAAAUGUUGUGGUAAAAGAUUCAACCAAUCUACUGAUUUGAAGAGACAUAAUAGAUUACAUACUGGUGAAAAAAUAUAAAUGAAAAUGUUGUGGUAAAAGAUUCAACCAAUCUACUGAUUUGAAGAGACAUAAUAGAUUACAUACUGGUGAAAAAAUAUAAAUGAAAAUGUUGUGGUAAAAGAUUCAACCAAUCUACUGAUUUGAAGAGACAUAAUAGAUUACAUACUGGUGAAAAAAUAUAAAAGAAAAUGUUGUGGUAAAAGAUUCAACCAAUCUACUGAUUUGAAGAGACAUAAUAGAUUACAUACUGGUGAAAAAAUAUAAAUGAAAAUGUUGUGGUAAAAGAUUCAACCAAUCUACUGAUUUGAAGAGACAUAAUAGAUUACAUACUGGUGAAAAAAUAUAAAUGAAAAUGUUGUGGUAAAAGAUUCAACCAAUCUACUGAUUUGAAGAGACAUAAUAGAUUACAUACUGGUGAAAAAAUAUAAAUGAAAAUGUUGUGGUAAAAGAUUCAACCAAUCUACUGAUUUGAAGAGGCAUAAUAGAUUACAUACUGGUGAAAAAAUAUAAAUGAAAAUGUUGUGGUAAAAGAUUCAACCAAUCUACUGAUUUGAAGAGACAUAAUAGAUUACAUACUGGUGAAAAAAUAUAAAUGAAAAUGUUGUGGUAAAAGAUUCAACCAAUCUACUGAUUUGAAGAGACAUAAUAGAUUACAUACUGGUGAAAAAAUAUAAAUGAAAAUGUUGUGGUAAAAGAUUCAACCAAUCUAGUGAUUUGAAGAGACAUAGUAGAAUACAUACUGGUGAAAAAAUAUAAAAGAAAAUGUUGUGGUAAAAGAUUCAACCAAUCUACUGAUUUGAAGAGACAUAAUAGAUUACAUACUGGUGAAAAAAUAUAAAUGAAAAUGUUGUGGUAAAAGAUUCAACCAAUCUACUGAUUUGAAGAGACAUAAUAGAUUACAUACUGGUGAAAAAAUAUAAAUGAAAAUGUUGUGGUAAAAGAUUCAACCAAUCUACUGAUUUGAAGAGACAUAAUAGAUUACAUACUGGUGAAAAAAUAUAAAUGAAAAUGUUGUGGUAAAAGAUUCAACCAAUCUACUGAUUUGAAGAGACAAUAGAAUACAUACUGGUGAAAAAACAUUAUCAAUAGAAAUGUUGUGGCAGGAGUUUUCACCAAUUUGGUGAUUUGAAAAGACACAAUAGAAUACAAACUUGUGGAUAACCAUACCAAUGCAAUGGUAUGGUAGGAGUUUCAACCAAUCUGGUGAUUUGAAGACACAUAGUAGAAUACUUACUGGUGAAGAACCAUAUUCAUGCAAUGGCGUGACAGGACUUUCAACCAAUCUAGUGAUUUGAAGAGACAUAGUAGAAUACAUUCUGGUGAAGAAUCAUAUCCAUGCAAUGGCGUGGUAGGAGUUUCAACCAAACUGGUGAUUUGAAGAAACAAAAGAAUACAUACUAGAGAAAAACAUUAUCAUGCAAUGUUGUAAUAAUAGUUUCAAUCAAUGCAGUGAUUUGAAAAUACAAGUAUAAUUUAAUAGAAUAACAAUUUAGUAAAUAUUUUUAUCAAGUAAUUCGCGUGGUGAAAAGUAUUACGUAUGCAAUGUUGAGAUUCUUUCUGGAUAAUGGGCCGUACUUGUUUGAAUGUGUAAAGCAAAGUAAUUCUGUUUAAAAAUGGCAAUUCUAACAUUAUUUUUGUCUACCCACUAAAACAUAAAAAUGCAUAGUAUAGAAUAUUUUCUUUUUAUUGCCCUUAUUUUUCUGUAUGCCUUUUUUGGAAAAGGUUUGUGGUCAUUGUAAAAUUUAAUAAACUUUUGGAAAACUUA